AUGACUGGAGUCUUUGACAGUCUGGUGGCUGAUAUGCACUCGACCCAGAUCACGGCCUCCAGCACAUACCACCAGCACCAGCAGCCCCCGAGCGGUGGCGGCGCCGGCCCCGGCGGCAGCAGCGGCGGCGGCGGCAGCAGCCUCCACAAGCCCCAGGAGUCGCCGACCCUGCCGGUGUCCACAGCUACCGACAGCAGCUACUACACCAACCAGCAACACCCCGCGGGAGGCGGCGGCGGGGGCUCGCCCUACGCGCACAUGGGUUCCUACCAGUACCACACCAGCGGCCUCAACAACGUCCCGUACUCCGCCAAGAGCGGCUACGACCUGGGCUACACCGCCGCCUACACCUCCUACGCUCCCUACGGGACCAGUUCAUCCCCCGCCAACAACGAGCCGGAGAAGGAAGACCUCGAGCCCGAAAUCCGAAUAGUGAACGGGAAGCCAAAGAAAGUCCGAAAACCCCGCACCAUCUACUCCAGUUUCCAGCUGGCCGCUCUGCAGCGGCGUUUCCAAAAGACUCAGUACCUGGCACUGCCCGAGCGAGCCGAGCUGGCGGCGUCUCUCGGCCUCACCCAGACUCAGGUCAAAAUCUGGUUCCAGAAUCGUCGAUCCAAGUUCAAGAAGAUGUGGAAAAGCGGCGAGAUCCCCUCGGAGCAGCACCCUGGGGCCAGCGCUUCGCCACCCUGUGCCUCCCCGCCGGUCUCGGCGCCAGCCUCCUGGGACUUCGGCGCGCCGCCGCGGAUGGGGGGCGGCGGCGGCCCGGGCAGCGGUGGCAGCGGCGCGGGGAGCUCGGGCUCCAGCCCCAGCAGCGCGGCCUCUGCUUUUCUGGGCAACUACCCGUGGUAUCACCAGGCUUCGGGCUCCACCCCACACCUGCAGGCGACGGCGCCACUGCUGCACCCCACGCAAACCCCGCAGCCGCACCAUCACCACCACCACCAUCACGGCGGCGGGGGCGUCCCGGUGAGCGCGGGGACGAUUUUCUAA